GAGGGAGAGAUCGGGCCAAAUAGUUCAGUCCAAAUCAAGGUGACCUUUAAACCCCUAAAGGCCCGAGAGUAUCGGAGUGUGGCUUACUGCAACAUCUCAGGCCGUGGGAGCAGGCUGCCCCUGCACCUCCGAGGGGAAGGCCAAGGACCCGUGGUUGAAUUCAGCCGUCAAAUGCUGAAACUUGGGAACAUUUUUGUCAACACCUCCCACGUCUAUGAGGUGAAACUGAUGAACCGAGGAGCUAUAGAUGCUCCCUUCACCUACAUCCCUUCAGCCACAACCGUGGGCCGCUGCUUCAAGUUUGCCCCCGAGGAGGGCGUCAUUGCAGCAGGUGGGAUCCAGACGAUUCACAUCUCCUUCAAUGCCACCGUCCUGGGGAGCUUUGAGGAACAAUUCCAGUUCCGUGUGGCUGCAUCUCCUACGCCUGUGAUCCUGACAGUCUGGUAAGGACUCUGGGAGCUUGC